CAACCAGUGAAAGUUGAGGGGAUGUGCAACAGCUGAGAGAAGCAGAGAUUCACUUUCGGAGGAGUAUUCCACUGUGAAAGUUGCACUCACAGCAAAAGUAAGCUGACAACUGCAUCUGCUUUGCUUCAGCCAUAAAAAUCUUCUGAGCCUCUAUCAUUAUGCUGGCCCUCUGGUCUGUGUCAGUUUUACUAUUGUGCACAUGGAGAUUUAGUUAUGCACAAUAUGAGCAUUUGGGUUUCCUUCCGGGCUACCAAGACCCUGCUCAAGACCUUUAUACUAUUCCAGAGCUUCCUAAAGAUACGCCCAGGAUACAGCUACGGCUGGCAGGAGAGAAACGCAAGCACAACGAAGGGCGCGUUGAGGUCUUCUAUGAAGGGGAGUGGGGGACUGUGUGUGAUGAUGAUUUCACCAUUCAUGCAGCCCAAGUUGUAUGCAGAGAACUGGGUUAUUUGGAAGCAGUCUCCUGGUUUCCAUCAUCUAAAUAUGGGAAGGGAGAAGGUCGUAUCUGGUUUGACAAUGUCCGCUGCACGGGGAAUGAGAGGAGCUUGGCCCAGUGUGAGUCUAAUGGCAUAGGAGUGUCUGAUUGUAAGCAUUCUGAGGAUGUUGGGGUGGUUUGCAGCGACAAGAGAAUCCCAGGAUUCAAGUUUGUGAACACCCUUACCAACAACAUCAAUAGUCUGAACAUUCAGGUGGAGGAUGUUCGUAUACGUCCCAUCCUGUCUACAUAUCGUAAGCGCAUCCCAGUCACAGAGGGCUAUGUGGAAGUGAAGGAUGGAGGCAACUGGAAGCAGAUUUGUGAUGAUGAGUGGACUCAAAUGAACAGCAGGGUUAUCUGUGGCAUGUUCGGCUUUCCAGGAGACAAGAGAUACAACACCCGUGUGUACAAGAUGUUUGCCAGCCGUAGAAAGCCAACAUAUUGGGAUUACUCCAUAAAUUGCACGGGAAAUGAAGCUCAUUUGUCUAGCUGUAAGCUAGGCCACAUGCUUGCCACGAAUAGCACAUCUGAGCAGAGCAGUCCUGUGGUAGUCAGCUGCAUCCCUGGCAGAGCUUUCGCCCCCACUCCCAUGGCAGGAUACAAGAAGGCCUUCAGACAGGAGCAACCUCUGGUGCGUCUCAGAGGUGGCGCUGUACUUGGAGAGGGGCGUGUGGAGGUGUUGAAAAAUGGAGAAUGGGGCACGAUCUGUGAUGACAGCUGGAAUCUCAUAGCAGCUACUGUGGUGUGUCGUGAGCUUGGAUUUGGAAGUGCCAAAGAAGCUAUUUCUGGAGGUCAACUUGGACAAGGAAUGGGCCCUGUACAUAUGAAUGAAGUUAAAUGUUCUGGCUUUGAGAAGUCUGUCACCGAGUGCCCCUUCAGUAUGGACAAAGAUUCUGAAGGCUGCAGUCAUGAAGAAGACGCAGGUGUGAGGUGCAAUGUUCCUGCCAUGGGCUUUCAACAGAGGCUGCGUUUGAGUGGAGGUCGUAACCCCUUUGAAGGCCGUGUGGAGGUUCUAAUGGAGCACAACGGUUCUAUGGUGUGGGGGACUGUGUGUGGUGAGGGCUGGGGCACAAUGGAGGCCAUGGUGGUCUGCAGACAGCUGGGCCUGGGCUUCGCAAGCCAGGCUUUCCAGGAGACAUGGAACUGGCCUGGUGCAGUGAAUGCAGAUUCAGUGGUGAUGAGUGGGGUGAGGUGUGCAGGAACAGAGAUGUCUCUCUCCCACUGUCUGCAUCACGGACAAUAUCUCAGCUGCCCUAAAGGUGGAGGCCGCUUUGCUGCUGGAGUUUCCUGCUCUGAGACUGCCCCAGAUCUAGUGCUCAACCCCCAGGUGGUGCAACAGACCACAUACAUAGAGGACCGUCCUAUGUUCAUGUUACGGUGCGCUUAUGAGGAGAACUGCCUGGGCUCUACUUCCAGUUCCACCCCAGCCAACUCCUAUCGCCGGCUUCUCCGGUUCACCUCCCAGAUCCACAACAAUGGACAAUCUGACUUCAGACCCAAAGCCUCCAGAGAGAGCUGGGUUUGGCAUGACUGCCACAGUCACUAUCACAGCAUGGAAGUGUUCACCCACUAUGACCUACUUAGCAACAAUGGCACCAAGGUGGCAGAGGGACACAAAGCAAGCUUUUGUCUAGAGGACUCAGAAUGUGAUGAAGGAAUAGAGAAGAGGUACGAGUGUGCGAACUUUGGUGAGCAGGGGAUCACACUGGGCUGCUGGGAUACAUACAGACAUGAUAUCGACUGCCAGUGGGUGGACAUUACAGAUGUUAAACCGGGAGACUACAUAUUCCAGAUUGUAAUUAACCCCAAUUAUGAGGUUGCAGAGUCCGAUUACACCAAUAACAUUGUCAAAUGCAGAUGUCGAUAUGAUGGUCACCGUAUAUGGAUGUAUAAUUGCCAUAUAGGGGGCUCCUUUAGUGCAGCGACAGAAGACACUUUCCCUGGCCUGAUCAACAAUAAGGUGAUCCAUAGGUAAAAGAGUAGUGCUGAUGAACACCCAGAAACCACGGCCAACCAGUGAGAUUAUCAAGUGCCCUGAACCACUACACCUCUCUAGAGGGCCUUUCAUCUCUCAGCAGUAAUUCCAUGGUACUCUUUCAAUUAUGCUCAGUGUCAGCACAUAGGCAGCACAGUCAUCUACUGUAUUACAGGACUAAACAUCACUUUUUCCAUUGAGAACUCAGAUUUGAGACAGGAAAUGACUCUGAAAAGAUUAACAGACUGAAAUUCUGUUUUUCCAUUUCUCACUGCUGAGCCAGUAGCAAUUCUAAAACCUCAUUCUUUGUUUGCUGUUGGUGUUGAAGAUGAAACUGUGGAUAACUCUCAAGUGAACUCGCUUCAGACAUGAAAGGAACUCUGGUGCACUUUUUUAUUUUUUGACUUGACAGGACUUGUGGUUUAGGUCUUUUUGUAAGUGUUUUGAUAAGGUGAGAGGACUUUUCUCAGAUGAGUCUUCUGAACGAAUAUUACAUAAAUCUACAGAAAAAUAAAGGCAUGAAGAGACCAGUACCUUUUUUGUGUGUCAUGCAUUUCAACUAAAUACUUUGGCAUUUCGAAAAACCAAGCCGAUGACUUCUGCUUAUAGAUAUUAUUGUUAUUAUUCAAGUACCUUAUGGGUUUGUAGAGGAAACAACUGAUGCAUUAGAAAUAUAUAAUGAGCCUUACAAUAUUUUCUAUCCGUGUACAAUUUCAUCACUAUUUUCAGAAAUUAUGUUGUUACAUUAUUAAUUGCAGUGUAAGAAAACUUUGAAUAUUGCCAGUAGCUUAAAGCCAACCAAUUCAGAUAAGUGGUUCGUAAACACUGGCAUCCUAGGAGCAGAUGACCCUGUGCAAACUUUAUUAGUUUUGUUUGGGGUUUUUGCCCACCCUGUUCUUGUUAUUUUGAAUUCACUGGUGGACGAUCAUUGUGAAUUAUUUACUCUGUUGAAUCUGACUGGAAGACAUCACAAGCAUUCUGGUCCUUUCCAACUAUUCAUGCAAGGGUAUUCAUAGUAUUUCAUCAUGCAAGUAUUCAAUAAUUUAUUUUAAGAAAGGGAUGCUAUUUCAUAAUAUCUUUGUUUUUCAAUGUGGAAUGUCUUUCAUCUAUUAAUGUCUGUCAAUGGUGCUAAUAUAGUGUUAUCCUCUGUUUUUUUGAGGGACAGUUUCAACUAAUUUCAUAUUAUGCGUACUUGAAUGGAUGUAAAAAUCAUGGAUGUAUGCGAUGUACCGUAAUAAACAUGCAUUAUUUGGCAAAGAAAAACAAUA